AGUGUAAAAUGGUCACGCCAAAGAAAGUGAAAGAGGUCAAGACAAUCCGGGGAUAAAUGAUUCGAGGAAGGAAAACCUCCUAAAAUGGUUUUGGACCGCUCGCUGGUGGCAGCGAAGAACGGGGACUUGCUGGUGCUGCAGGAAUUACAGAGGAAGGGCUUGAUCGAGGAGAGUGUGACCGACCAUCUCGGAGCGUCCCCGGUCCACCACGCCGCCCGCUGCGGCAAACUGAGCGCCUUGAAAUUCCUGGUGGAAGAGGCGAAGCUCCCCGGCAACAGGAAAGCCAAGAACGGGGCAACUCCGGCGCACGACGCGGCGGCCACCGGGAAUUUGCUCUGUCUGCAGUGGCUGCUCGCUUCGGGGGGCUGCAAUAUCCAGGAUAAAGACAGUUCCGGAGCUACGGUCCUCCACCUUGCUGCAUGGUUUGGGCAUCAAGAUAUCACAGAUUGGUUAUUGAAAGGUGGAGGCUGUGACCCAACAGCAGCAACAGACACCGGAGCUCUGCCUGUGCACUAUGCUGCUGCCAAAGGUGACCUCCCAUCAUUACGACUGCUGCUUGGACACUGUCCUGAUGUUGUAAAUACACAAAUGAAAAAUGGUGCCACUCCGCUCUAUUUGGCCAGUCAGGAAGGACACCUGGAGGCUGUUCAAUACCUUGUGAAAGAAUGUGGAGCAGAUCCACAUCUCCGAGCCAAUGAUGGGAUGACUGCACUCCACUCAGCAGCACAGAUGGGACAUAAUACUGUCAUUGUCUGGCUGGUGAGCUUUUCAGACAUUAGUCUGUCGGACCAGGAUGACGAAGGGGCCACAGCUUUGCACUUUGCUGCCAGCCGAGGACAUGCCAAGGUUCUCAGUUGGCUAUUGCUACACGGAGGUGAAAUCGUCACGGACAACUGGGGUGGCACCCCAUUACACGAUGCUGCAGAGAACGGGGAACUAGAGUGUUGUCAAAUCUUAGUGGUUAAUGGUGUUGAUCUGACUGUCCGUGAUCGUGAUGGCUACACAUCUGCAGAUCUAGCUGAGUACAAUGGACACAGUCAAUGUGCCAAGUACCUCAAGACUGUUGAGAACAUGAGUGUGGAACACCGGGUCUUGUCUCGAGACCCGUCUGUGGAUCUUGAAUACAAGCAGAUUGACUCUGGACUGUCGUCCCCCAACACCACUCUCUCAUCGCAGCAGCAAGCCAGGUUUGACUCAGGUUCACCGUCCAGCACUCUGUCCAACUACGACUCCUGCCACUCAAGCCAGUCCAGUACAAGAGAGAAGAGGAGCAGUCGGCAGGGCCCAGGGCAAGGGCCAGCAACUGUGACGGAGAUGGACACGUACAUACACAUGUUGAAUCCUGAGGAGAGCCAACAGAAGGGCAAGGCAGCUGAAGGCACAGCCCUUCCCCCACCCCCCACCUUUCCUGCACCAACUCCGCCAGUGACCUCUGACCCAAUGCCUCCACCUCCCACUUACCCAGCACCAACCCCUCCGGAGGCAAACCCAACUUCAGAAAAGAACGUGGCCGCAAAGAGUCAUCUUCGCCACUCCGAGAAUGAAACGCCAAAAAGACAUGAGUUAAACCUCAAUGAAAUAAAUCCAAACAGACUGAGGAGGGUAGAAUCAAAUCGAAAAUCAAGAAGUUUUAACAAAGAGCCCAGCACGGCAGAUUACUAUAAGAGUCUGGGAAACGACGCAGAGGAGAAGAGUGGAAUGGCUCCCAAUGAGGAGGGCUCUCUUGUAUCUCAGGAGGGACUGAGGAAUGGAAGUGUACCAGGAAAGCAAACCACCAAUGACAUACCUGCUCCUCCACCUCCUCCCCCACUCCCUGAAACUGGGUCAGUCCUUGCUCCUCCGCCUCCCCCUCCUUUGCCAUCCACAGGGACACCACCCCCACCUCCUUUGCCAUCCACAGGAACACCACCCCCACCUCCACCCCCACCUCCACCCUCACAGCCCAGCAACCAACAGCGACGACCUUCAUCAUCUGCGGCAAGUCCAAAAUCUUUCAACAUGAUGUCCCCUACAAGUGAUAACUCUGAGUUACUGGCUGAGAUCAAAGCUGGGAAAAAUCUGAAGCCAACCACACAGAGUAAAGGAUGUACCGUGGUCUUUGCAAGUUCUGGGGCAAUACCUGAAUAUGCAAAGCGCCAGGUGGGCAGCCCAACUGAACCAGCUGUAAAUGGCAUGGCAACGUCACAGACGAUGGAUGUUGAGUCUCUCAUACCAACUCACGAUGAGCAGGGAACCCCAAUCCCAGAGUGGAAGAGGCAGGUGAUGGCACGAAAACUGCAGGUCAAGAUCCAGGAAGAGGAAGAGCAGAAACGUCGAGAAGAGCAGGAAAAAGCUCGUUUUGCUAAUAUGCCAGCAUGGAAGAGGGAUAUCGUCAAAAAGAAAAUGGAUGAAGAAAGGGAGAAAAAGAGGCUAGAGGACGAGAAAUUGAAGAAGGAUGAAGAAGAUAAACGUAAGGAACAGUCCGAGCUACUGCGGAAUCUUGGCUAUGAUGAAUCGAAACUGGCACCUUGGCAACGACAACUCAUCCUGAAGAAAGGAGACCAAGCAAAGCAGGAAUAAGACUCUUCCCUCAGAGGCAUCUUCCAUUUCGGCUGUAGCGUAGAUUGUGCUGUUCAGUAGGUUGCAGAUCUGAAGGUUUAACUCAUGCUACACAUGCUGGGCCCAAUGCAGUAGAGACCAUUGUUAAUCAGUAGCUCUUUCUUCAGAUCAUGUCACGCCUCUGUAAGUUACAAGCCAAAAUUUCAAAGUUUGAGAGGAUUCUUUCAUGCUUCUACCUGUAUUUGCAUCUCUCACAUAUGUCCCACUAUCUCCAGUUCUCAGCAUUCCCAUAUUAAUUUCUUGAGCACAAUAUUUUGUUGUGGGAUGAGUGUUCAGAGCUGGUUACUGUCAUGAUGAUAAUGGUUUGUAUGUUCACAACCUAAAACGAAACAGUUACAACAACAUAUUCCCGAUAUAAUUAAUCCCUUUUUUGAUCUGUGAAAUGACAGUCUGAUUUUAAAUUGUGGAGUAUGCCAGACAAACACAUUUCUGGCCUACUUGCAUGUUGAAUGUGUUGGAUAAUUAAUUUAGUUUGUGUUUAUUAAAUAUGUUAAUGAGAGUAAGCACAAACUCAGAUGGUAAAUGAACUGCUGAAGUUUACAACAGAGAAGACUGAAUUGGGAUAUUUCCUGGUUAGUUCACCUCAGCUGGGUCUGUUAGACAUCACACUGCUCGUAUUAGAUUCAGAGUAAAGUCAGAAGCCACACAACACCAGAUUAUAGUUCAACAGAUUUAUUUGUAAUCACAAACUUUUGGAGCGCUGCUCCUUCACCAGGUGAAGUCACCUAAUAAAGGAGCAGU